UUGUCAAAAAGUCAUUGUAAGGGUGGUCAUUGUCAAUUGUUACUGUCAAAAUAAUAUUUUUAUUUAUUGUUAACAAUUUUUACAAGUAUUUAUAACCUUGUAUUCAGUGUACAAUAAAUAAAUAGUAAAAUAUUAUAUACAUAAUACAUAUUACGAGCAAUGGAGUGGCUGGGAUCUACAAUAUUAAAAUCUUUUUGGAGGCCAACUUUCAAUUUCGUUAGGACGAGAUAUCAUGCUGAUAAAACACGGUUGGUACGAAGGUAUGGGUAUGAAGAAAAGUUGUGGUGUGGUGGAUUGUUACCAAGAUCCCUUGGCAAACGUCUAUCUAUGCCUGAAUACAGGCCAGCCAAUCCAUGGACCGAACGUAAAGCUCUGUAUGGACAGAAUGAUUACAUUGAUAUCUUGGGUAAUGGAGAUUUGCAUCCCGUUAGAACAUUAUAUACAGUCCCAUCUUGGAUAAGAGGCGUCAGUGGUAAUGAAUACCAGGUUCUCCUUCGUAAGAAAAGGAUGUUGUCUAGAUCUGCUAUGCCAAGGGAAAGACCUACAAAAUGGAAACAAAUGGAGAAGCGUAUAUCUUUCCUCUACAGGAAACUCAAUAGAAAAACAAAAACUGGAAUGUCUAGAGAUUAGAAUAUUUAAUUAGUUUUAUUGUAAAUUAAUAAAUAGUAGCUAAAGAAA